AUGGCGCCUCAAGAUACCCAUCUCGGGGAAAGUAAAGCGGAAUGUUGCGUACAGGAUGAUAUCGCCCAAGAGGCCGGGUACCCUGUGAAGGGUCUUGUUGCGCCGAAGGCUCCAACCUCUGGAGGUCAAUACCAUUGGGUUUCCGAGUUUGCUCCUCGAAGGGGCCAAAAGUUCUUGAGCUACAUUACCGGAUGGCUCAGUGCAACCGGAUGGCAGUGCGCUAUCGUAUCAAUUGCUUUCCUCGCUGGCACGAUCAUACAAGGGCUGGUCGUUCUAAACGACCCGACCUAUGAGUUUGAGCGGUGGCACGGCACAUUGUUGGUGGUGGCAAUAACAACAUUUUCAAUAUUGUUUAACACGUUCCUAGCCAAAAACCUACCCAUGGUGGAAGGACUCAUCCUGAUCAUUCAUGUGGUAGGGCUGUUUGCCAUCAUUAUCCCCCUCUGGGUUCUUGCUCCUCGAAACAGUGCGAAAGCAGUGUUUACAGAGUUCAAUAACGCUGGAGGAUGGAAUAGUGACGGGACUGCCACUCUGGUCGGUCUCUCUACCACUAUUACAGCCAUGAUAGGCUAUGACUGUUCGGUGCACAUGUCCGAGGAGAUCAAGGAUGCUGCGGAGACGCUGCCGAAAGCAAUGAUGUCAGCUGUCGCGGUCAAUGGAGUUUUGGGAUUUGUCAUGAUUGUCACUCUUUGCUUCACCCUCGGCGAUGUUGACAGCAUCUUGAGUACUCCGACUGGUUUUCCGUUCAUCCAGAUCUUCUACAACACCACCAACAGCUACGCGGCAACGAACACAAUGACAGCGGUCUUGGUGAUCACGCUCACGGCCAGCACAAUCACUGAGGUCGCGACGGCAUCCCGGCAACUAUGGUCUUUUGCUCGAGAUCAAGGACUGCCAUUUUCAUCAUUCUUCGCCUAUGUCACUCCGGGAUGGAAUAUCCCUCUCAACUCUGUCAUGGUUUCUCUAGCAGUCACUAUUCUUCUCUCCCUGAUCAACAUUGGCUCCCAGGUUGCCCUGUCGGCCAUUGUAUCACUGACAAUCACCUCCUUGAUAUCCUCCUACAUUCUUUCAAUUGGCUGCGUGUUCCUGAAGCGUAUCCGAGGCGAGCCCCUGCCACCUCGCCGAUGGACCCUUGGCCGCUUCGGCAUGGCCGUUAACAUUGCCGCUUUGGCUUUCUUGAUUCCCAUCUUCGUCUUUUCCUUCUUCCCGUUGACGAAGACAGUAGACACGAGAACAAUGAAUUGGAGUGUGGUGAUGUACCUUGCUAUGCUUACUUUUGCAUCCGUCUAUUAUGUGCUCUGGGGCCGGCAUAACUUCAUUGCUCCCGUGGCGCUGGUGAAGAGACAGGGCAGAUACUGCGCUUGA